CCGUGCACAGGCAGUACACGCAAUUCAGACUUACAACUCUGGAUUUGUCUUAUGCCGAACCUGCAGGUGCGCUUCCAUGAAAAAUUCCACGACAGGGGUGUUUACAACUGCAAGAAGGACCUUUGUGAUAUAUUCUCGAAUGGCUACCAGAUCUAUGUGGAGUUUGGGGGAAUCCAUGACGAUUGGAUUGACGUUAUGGUAUCGUCACCCGGCGUUUCUGUUGAAGAAUCCACCGAAUGGGUUGAUAAGAACAUUUUGGGAGCCAUUGACCAACUUUGCAGCGAGCCGACUGGUCUCCCAGGUGUGGAUCUGGUGACGAAAAUUCUUCGUCCCCGCUGUUUGACAACAUCUCCGAUUGUUCCACGCAGGUACCGGAGCGUCGAUCAGACUGUCACAGAAGAGAAGCUGAUCGAGGAGAUGGAGAGGGAGGAAUAUAAUUACAAUCAUUCCUGGCCUUCCAUUUGGGAUGAGCAGGGCCAGGAGAUUGUUCCACGAUCGUGUGAUGAUGCUAUGGCGCUGAUCAGACCGAAAACACUGGAGWGUCACCUAUCCAUUCAGAAGCAUGAGCUUCACAACGUUUGUGACAGCUUCGAUGUAGUCGAGGGGAGCUCAGGACAAAGACAACGAGAAUCUGGUUGCAAAAACAGCACUGCAAGCUUCGAUGGCCAUUCUGAGGCACCUUUUGAAUGUGAACAGCCGACAGGAAACGUUCAAGAGUUGGGUGAUUUGGUGACGAGGGGUGUUCGCUAUCUUGCUGGAAAAGUUGACAGAAAUUUCCGGUUCAUCAGUGAGCUGAAAGAAGAAGUGAAGCAUCUGAGGAAGGAGCAGAGUAAUGCGUUUACAAGACUCUGCAAUGCCCUGUCUAGCAUUUCCGUUUUCGCCAUUGAGCAGCACAGUCAUCGCCUCCCUCAUCGUGUUUACAUCACGGAGAGGAAAUCUGGCUUUCGCCAGAAACUGAGUUUUCUGAUUGGCUUGAAGCCAGUGGAGCUGCAUCUCAUGUGCGAAUCCAAAGACCGCUGUCAUGUUGUAGAUGGCCAGGAGGGGAAGAGGUUGUGUUUGCAGAACGAGGAGAGGCGCCAUGUGUGGACUCUCUUCAAGUGGACAAUUCUUACUGUGGCUGUGCUGCUGAAAACCGGCUGUGCAAUUUCUAUGGGCAUCCAUCAGCUUGUGCCAGACUUGGGUGGCGUUGCCAACUGGACAAGCUUUGUGAUUGGAGCAGUGGGGAACGCUGGUCUGGAGUUUGUGGACAUGGACGACCUUAAGCAGAGAAUGAAUGCCAUUGGAAAGGAUAUGUUCAAGGAUGAUGGUCCGGAAGAUGCACUGAAGCGUCAGCAAGCAAUGGACUGUCUGGAGAGAAACCUGGAAGGUGGGGCAAGUGAGAUACGGGAAAGAUUUGGUCUCACGAGAGUGAAGUACAGGGACACAAGCUCGGUUGCCUGGAUCUGUACCCCCUGCCUUGAGAAGAGCCAUCUGGCUGUGGAGGUAUUUUAGGUGAAUCCAUGCAACCAAAUGAAUAGGCACACGAGUC